CAUUAUUUAUUUCUGUAUCUCCUCUGUCCUUUGAGUCUUAUCUCUACUUUACCCUAUCCUAUUCCUAAUAUUCUCACAAUCCCAAAUCCCAUCCCAGCCGUCUAUUAAAAAAAAAAAUAUUCUCACAAUCCCAAAUCCCAUCCCAGCCGUCUAUUCAACAAAAAAAAAAAAAAAAAAAUCUCUUUAGUUCUUCUAUUUCUUUAGGACUUUCGUUCUCAAGCAGUCUAAAACUUCUAUCUUCUCUCUGAUAGUAGUCUGCUACUCUCUCUCUCUCUGUUACGCUCAGCUACAGGAAUGCUCUACUUGUUCAAAUAUCUCUUCGAAAAAUGCUUGACCCAAUCUCUAUAACUUGCAUGCCGUGUCAAUUCCGAUGAGCUUUUAAACUUAUACCAGCCAAAUCCCGGCUUUCGUCAAAUUCACCUAAAACAACCCAAAAUGGCAGAAACAGACCAAAAUGGUCCGAAAUUUUCUCCGAGGUGGAACAAUGGGGUUUCUCAUUCCAGUUUAUAUAUUGGUACGAGAGAAAUUAUUGUUGGAGUUGAAGAUAUUAUUAGCACACCUGUUGUUAAUCCUAAUCCUCCAGCUUCUAAGGACUCAGUUCAGGAGCAAGAUGCAAAUGCUAGUCCUUCUAUCAACAUUGAGACAACUGAACAUGGAAGUGAACUGAGAGCCACCGAACUGUAUUUUGAAGCACUAUACAAUAAGCCGGGUAAACAUGCUUUCUACUGCCCAAACUGUAAAGCUUGCAUCGACAAGGUCCUUCUUCAGAGUACGGAAGAUGAAUUGAUUACUCGCAGAAGAGAAAGAGAUGACUAUGAACUGAGGUGCCCAUCAUGCUUCGAAUUUCUCAAACCUAUAGGAGACUGGAUAUUUCGGAAACCAGCAACUUCUGAACCAGGAAUUCACGAGGUUCUAUCUAAUGUAGCAAAGCCAACUGAUUCUAGAAUUCAAGAGCUUCCAUCCAAUGAAGCAAAGCCAACUGAAUCUAGAAGUUAUGAGAUUCCAUCCAAUGAAACAAAACCAACUGAUACUAGAAUUUACGAGAUUCUAUCUGAUGAAGCAAAACCAACUAAUUCUAGAAUUUACGAGAUUCCACCAGAUAAAGCAAAACCAACCGGUUCUAGAAUUUACAAGAUUCCACCUGAUGAAGCAAAACCAACUGAUUCUAGAAGUUACGAGAUUCCAUCCAAUGGAGCCAAGCCUACUGAUUCUAGAAUUUAUGAGAUUCCACUUGAUGAAGCAAAACCAACCGAUUCUAGAAUUUAUGAGAUUCCACCCGCUGAAGCAAAACCAACCAAUUCUAGAAGUUACGAGAUUCUAUCUAAUGCAGUAAAGCCAACUGAUUCUAGAAUUUACAACAUUCCACUCGAUGAAGCAAAACCAACUAGUUCUAGAAUUUACGUGAUUCCACCCGAUGGAGCAAAACCAACUGAUUCUAAAAUUUCUGAGAUUCCAUUCGAUGAAGCAAAGCCAACUGAAGGGGAGCAGGUAAUUGUAGUUGAUCCAUCACCACUGCCAGCAACAACUCCAUCACAACAAGGUGUUAUGAAGUACGAAAUCCUAAAAAGUUUAGUAUAUGGUGGUUUAAUUGAAUUAAUCACAAGCUUAGGUGUUGUGACCUCUGCAGCUAGUGCUGAUGCUACUACAUUGAACAUUGUAGCUCUGGCAUUGGCAAACCUGAUAACUGGAGUUUUUCUCAUUGGUCACAAUCUUCAAGAAUUGAAGAAUGAUCAAUCUACAGUGGUCUUGAAUGAAACAGAUGAACAAGUGGAUCGGUAUCAAGAAUUACUGGGACAGAAAAGGAAUUUUGUUCUUCAUGCCUCAGUUGCCAUAUUAUCAUUCCUUGUUUUUGGUUUGGUGCCUCCUGUGGUCUAUGGCUUCUCAUUUUAUCAGAGUGACAACAGAAACCUUAAGCUCGCAGUAGCUGCAGCAGCUGGCCUUUUAUGCAUCGCAGUACUUGCCAUAGUGAAAGCUUACACCCAAAAGCCAUCCAAGUGGAGCAUUUAUAUAACAACUAUACUUUACUACCUUUCUAUUGGGAUCGGGGCCUCCGGCAUUUCUUACUUGGCAGGUUACCUAGUCAGGAAACUCAUUGAGAAACUAGGUUGGUUUGAGUCAAGUGUAGCUACCAUUCAGCCAAUGAGUUUUGAGAAACUUGCGUGGGAAUCCUACUAAUAUCAUGGGUUUUAAACAUGAAGCUUGACUCUGUUAUUGAUGUUGCAGGGUUGCAUUCAUUGUCAUUAGCAGUUCUUUUUUUUUUUUUCCACCUUUGUUAUGUUUUUUUGAAGUUGUAGUCCUAUAUUAUUAUCAUCAGUGCUGUUAAGUAUGAUCUUACUCCUGAGCAACUGAUGCCUAUCGAUGUCUUUGGAUAUGAAACAUUGGCAUUUCGGUGGUUUUGACUAAUAUUUUAAAGCCACAAAUUUACUUUCUGAAGAUCAAAUUGUAACUGGGCACAAUUAGGGGGAUCAAGUAAGCAAGUUAUUGUUUAUUUAAAUCUAUAUGUUCA